AUGCCGUCAGCCUUGGCCAUCUUCACUUGCCGCCCGAACUCGCACCCGUUUCAGGAGCGUCAUGUCUACCUGGACGAGCCCAUUAAAAUCGGCCGCUCCGUGGCCCGCUGUCGACCCGCGCAGAAUAAUGCUACCUUUGAUUGCAAAGUGCUGUCAAGGAAUCAUGCUCUGGUCUGGUUUGAUCACAAGACGGGCAAGUUUUAUCUCCAAGACACUAAAAGUAGUAAUGGUACCUUUAUAAAUAGCCAGAGAUUAAGUCGAGGCUCUGAAGAAAGUCCACCAUGUGAAAUUCUUUCUGGUGACAUUAUCCAGUUUGGAGUAGAUGUGACAGAGAACACACGGAAAGUUACCCAUGGGUGUAUUGUAUCUACAAUAAAACUUUUUCUACCAGAUGGUAUGGAAGCCCGACUCCGCUCAGAUGUCAUCCAUGCUCCAUUACCAAGUCCCGUUGACAAAGUUGCUGCUAACACUCCAAGUAUGUACUCUCAGGAACUAUUCCAGCUUUCUCAGUAUCUACAGGAGGCCUUACACCGGGAACAGAUGUUGGAACAGAAGUUAGCCACGCUCCAGCGGCUACUAGCCAUCACCCAAGAGGCUUCCGACACCAGUUGGCAGGCUUUAAUAGAUGAAGAUAGACUCUUAUCACGGUUAGAAGUUAUGGGAAACCAAUUACAGGCAUGCUCCAAAAAUCAAACAGAAGAUAGUUUACGGAAAGAACUCAUAGCAUUACAAGAAGAUAAACACAACUAUGAGAUGACAGCCAAAGAGUCUCUGAGGCGGGUUCUGCAGGAGAAAAUUGAAGUGGUUAGAAAACUUUCAGAAGUUGAGCGAAGUCUGAGUAAUACUGAAGAUGAAUGUACUCACCUGAAAGAAAUGAAUGAACGGACUCAGGAAGAAUUAAGAGAAUUAGCCAAUAAGUAUAAUGGAGCAGUUAAUGAGAUUAAAGAUUUAUCUGAUAAACUGAAGAUAGCAGAGGGGAAACAAGAAGAAAUCCAACAGAAAGGACAAGCUGAGAAAAAAGAAUUACAACAUAAAAUAGAUGAAAUGGAAGAAAAAGAACAAGAGCUCCAGGCAAAAAUAGAAGCUUUGCAAGCUGAUAAUGACUUCACCAAUGAAAGGCUAACAGCUUUACAAGGGAUACAAGUUGAUGACUUCUUACCUAAAAUAAAUGGAAGCACAGGAAAAGAGAAGCUGAUCGUCGAGGGGCAUCUAACCAAAGUGGUAGAAGAAACAAAGCUUUCAAAAGAAAAUCAAGCAAGAGCAAAGGAAUCUGACUUAUCAGAUACUCUGAGUCCAAGCAAAGAAAAAAGUAGUGACGACGCUACAGACGCUCAAAUGGAUGAGCAAGACCUAAAUGAACCGCUUGCUAAAGUGUCCCUAUUAAAAGAUGACUCGCAGGGUGCACAUUCAGAAAUUGAGGCAAAACAAGAAAUUCAGCAUCUUCGCAAGGAAUUGAUUGAAGCCCAAGAGCUAGCUAGAGCAAGUAAACAAAAAUGCUUUGAACUUCAAGCUCUUUUGGAAGAAGAAAGAAAAGCCUAUCGAAAUCAAAUUGAGGAAUCCACUAAACAAAUACAGGUUCUUCAAGCCCAACUGCAGAGAUUACACAUCAAUAUUGAGAAUCUCCGGGAGGAGAAGGACAGUGAAAUCACAAGCACUCGAGAUGAACUGCUUAGUGCCCGAGAUGAAAUUCUGCUUCUUCAUCAAGCAGCAGAAAGGGCUGCCUCUGAGCGGGACACUGACAUUGCUUCUUUACAAGAAGAGCUUAAGAAGGUGCGAGGUGAGCUUGAGCGGUGGCGGAAAGCAGCGUCUGAAUAUGAGAAAGAAAUCACAAGUCUGCAAAACAGUUUUCAGCUUCGAUGUCAACAGUGUGAAGACCAGCAGAGAGAGGAAGCAACAAGGCUACAAGGUGAACUAGAGAAGUUGAGAAAGGAAUGGAAAUUAUUGGAAACUGAAUGCCAUUCUCUAAAAAAGGAAAAUGUUUUGCUAUCAUCAGAACUGCAGCGGCAAGAAAAAGAAUUGCACAAUUCUCAGAAGCAGAGUUUAGAGCUUACCAGCGAUCUCGGCAUCCUUCAGAUGACAAGGAAAGAGCUUGAGAAUCAGAUGGGAUCCUUGAAAGAACAGCAUCUUCGGGAUUCAACUGAUUUAAAAACUCUUCUCAGUAAGGCUGAAAACCAAGCAAAGGAUGUACAGAAAGAGUAUGAAAAGACACAGACUGUACUCUCAGAACUGAAGUUGAAGUUUGAAAAGACUGAGCAGGAAAAACAGUCAAUCACAGAUGAGCUCAAACAAUGUAAAGACAACCUGAAGCUGCUCCGAGAAAAAGGAAAUAAUCCUUCCAUAUUACAACCCGUCCCAGCCGUAUUCAUCGGCCUAUUCCUGGCUUUCCUGUUUUGGUGUUUCGGUCCAUUGUGGUAG